UCAAUUCACUCAGCUGCGUUAUUCUGUACUCUCUUUCCUUCCCUCCAGCUUCCAUGUCUGAGAAACAAGCCCACUUGAAUGGAGCCUAUUACGGCCCAUCAAUCCCCCCGACGAAACACUACAACCGCCCCGGCCGCGGCGGAGGUCCUCUCGGCUGCUGCUGCAGCUGCCUCUUCGGUCUCAACUUUAAGCUUAUCUUCGCUGCAGUCGUCUUCAUGGGAUUAGCCUUCCUCGCCUUUUGGCUCAUAGUCCGCCCCACCAGAGUCAAGUUCCACGUAACAGAUGCCACGCUCACACAGUUCAACUUCUCCACCGAUAACAACCUGCACUACAAUCUCGCUCUCAAGCUCACCAUCCGAAACCCCAACAAGAAGAUCGGCGUCUACUAUGAUCGCAUUGAAGCCCGUGCUCUUUACGAGGGCCAGAGGUUCAGUACGGUUACUCUGACCCCAUUUUACCAAGGCUACAAAACCACAAACGUUUUGAACCCGGUGUUUCAGGGACAGCAAUUGAUUGUUGGAUCUGACUUGCUUGAGGAGUUUAAUGAACAGAAGAGUGCUGGGGUUUACGAGAUUGAGAUGAAGCUUUAUCUGAGGAUUCGGUUCAAGUUGGGUAGAAUCAAGACCGGAAAGUUCAAGCCUAGAAUUGAAUGUGACUUGAAGGUUCCUUUGAAACAGAAUGGGAAUUCACUAGGUGCUUUUCAGACUGAGAAAUGUUCAAUUGAUUAUUUCAAUUAACAAUUUCUGGUAGUGUUAUGCCAGAGCAGGGGACUUCAGUUUUGUUUUGUUCAGAUGCCUUAGGGUUUCUGUACUUGUGACACAUGAGAGUCCUAUAUAUAGUGGUCUUGAUUCUUUUAUUUCCUCU